AUGCGGACUAAAUAUGACUAUACAGUGGACUGGGCCGACCUGGCUACAUUGGAUCUUUCCAAGUUUGACCAACCCGGUGGCAAGAGUCUACUAGCCAAGCAACUAUUCGAAGCUAUCCAGAAAAUUGGCUUUUUUUACAUCAUCAACUUUGGUUUAUCACAGGAAGAUGUGGACCGUCAAUUCUCCAUUGGCAAGGAGCUUUUCAAGCUGCCCAUAGAAGAGAAGCUGAAAUACCGCGCCGAACUCGAGAAGGGCGGAUAUAAUGGUUAUAAGCCAAUGGGUCUUCGAGUAGGUCGACAACCACUGAAUCUCCGCGCAACCCUAACCUCGACACAGGAAAUCAGCCCAGGCGUUUUCGACAAAACAGAAAUCUACAACAUUCCAAAAUUUAUUCCUGCUUUCGAAGGACCCCAGCCCGACAUUGUGAGUCAUAAUCGUCCCAUAAUCGAAGGAUUCGCCCGUCACAUUCACGACGAGGUUGUGCGCAAGCUUCUGGUCCUCCUCGCAAUCAUCUUUGAACUACCAGAAGAUUAUUUCCUCAAGGUCCAUCGCUAUGAAGAAAAGAGCGACUGCCAUCUACGGUACAUGAAAUACCACCGGCGCACCGAGGAAGAGAACGAGAAGUCGACAGGAAUUUGGUCAAAAGGCCACACCGAUUUCGGCAGUCUGACUUUAUUAUUCCGCCAACCAGUCGCUGCGCUGCAGGUUCGCACUCCUGAAGGUGAUUGGAAGUGGGUUAAGCCGUACCCGGGGAGCAUUACGGUCAAUCUUGCAGAUUCGCUUCAGUUCCUUACGAAUGGGUUCCUCAAGAGCAGUAUACAUCGGGUGGUUGCACCUCCGCCUGAUCAGAGAGAUAUCGAUCGUCUCGGUGUGUUGUACUUUGUUCGACCGGAAGAUGAUCUCGAGUUGCGGCCCAUCGCAAGUGAUGUGCUGCAUCGGCUUGGGUAUGAUCAAACCACUGAUAACAGUGCGGUUGGCAUUACUGCUGGGGAGUGGGUGAAGGCUCGAGUGGCGAAGGGUGUGGAUAAAGGCCUGGCGCGGAGUGAAAUAGGUGACCAGCCUAUUAUUGGCGGAGUGAUCGCAAAAUACUACGAUUAG